UUUUUCUUCUUUUUUAUUGCGCACAAAUUUGAGUGGAUGCAGUUUAAUCAGUGGUAAAAAGAGUUUCGAUGGCUGCACAAUCAGCAGUCACGUUAAUCUGCACAGCAUCAUCAUCCUCAUCAGAGCACGAGCAGCGUGUUUCCCCUCCACCCUGCAGGUGAUGAUGAUGCUGCUGCUGUGGGCGGAGGCUUCCGCUCCUGAUAAUAGCCCGAGGACUCUGCUGGUCUCCAACUAGUCUGGGACUCAAACCAGCCUGACAAUAAACUUUUCCACUGCAAAGACAAACUGGGAGACGACACAGAGGAGAUCAGCCUCCCGGCAGGAUUCAUUUUACAAGCUGCCAAGCCACAACUUGGAUUCAUUGCCAAAGCUAAGAGAUACUCCAACGGAACAAGGACCAUUAAUUUCAGGCUUUGGCUUGAUAACUGCUUUAUACUACACUAUAUGAUAAUGUGCAGAUGACUGCAAAUGAUGAUUUUGUUGCUCAGUUGAAUACCACUGUUUGACACCCUAAUAAACAGGUAAAUUAGGCAUCUUUGGACUUAAAUUUGUGCAAAUUUCAGUGAUUUUCUGGACAAAACACACAGCUUUAGUUUAGUUCUGUUUAAGAGCUACAAAACUGCUCAAACAUGGCCGCUGCUAGCAUCAUGGAAGCGGCAGACAUCACUGUUGUAGUAAUCUACUUCAUCCUGGUGCUAGCUAUUGGUUUCUUUGCCAUGUGGAAAGCUAACAAGAGCACAGUGAGCGGGUACUUCCUUGCUGGUCGCUCCAUGAAUUGGGCGGCUAUAGGAGCAUCUCUAUUCGUCAGCAACAUAGGAAGCGAGCAUUUCAUUGGACUGGCUGGAUCAGGUGCUGCAACUGGGUUAAGUGUGGCUGCAUGGGAAUUAAAUGCUUUACUAUUGCUCCAGUUGUUAGGCUGGAUAUUUAUCCCUGUGUAUAUUCAGUCUGGAGUCUACACCAUGCCGGAGUACCUGUCCAAACGGUUCGGCGGGAACAGACUAAAAGUGUACUUUGCAGCGUUAUCACUCGUCCUGUACAUCUUUACCAAGUUGUCUGUGGAUCUCUAUGCCGGGGCCUUGUUCAUUCAGGAAUCCUUAGGGUGGAACCUCUAUCUGUCAAUCAUCAUCCUCAUCACCAUGACAGCUGUGUUGACAGUCACUGGAGGUCUGGUUGCUGUCAUCUACACGGAUACAGUCCAGGCAUUGCUCAUGAUCGCCGGAGCACUGUGCCUCACAGGCAUCAGCCUCUUUAAAGUGGGAGGACUUGAAGGUGUAAGGACCAAGUACAUGCAGGCUACUCCGAACAUCACUGCCAUCAUGCUUUCUUCACCCAACCUGACAUAUUCUGAAUCUUGCUACCACCACCUCCACCCGAAGCCAGAUGCCCUGAAGAUACUUCGAGGCACGAGGGAUCCAGACCUGCCUUGGCCUGGUUUCUUACUGGGCCAGACUCCUGCUUCUAUUUGGUACUGGUGUGCUGAUCAAGUAAUUGUGCAACGUGUUCUGGCAGCAAAGAACAUUGCCCAUGCCAAAGGUUCUACUCUCAUGGCUGGCUUUCUGAAAAUACUUCCCAUGUUCAUUAUUGUCAUACCAGGGAUGAUUUCCAGGAUCUUCUUUCCUGAUGAGUUGGCCUGUAUCAGCCCAGAGCACUGAAUGGAAGUGUGUGGUUCUGCAACUGGCUGUAGCAACGUAGCUUACCCACGGCUCGUCAUGUCUGUGAUGCCCGUUGGUCUCCGCGGCCUAAUGAUGGCUGUCAUGAUCGCAGCUCUAAUGAGCGACUUGGACUCCAUCUUCAACUCAGCAAGCACCAUAUUCACAUUGGAUAUUUACAAGAUGAUACGAAAGAAGGCGUCAUCCAGGGAGUUGGUGAUAGUCGGCAGGUUGUUUGUGGUUUUCAUGGUGAUCAUCAGCAUUGCCUGGGUGCCAGUUAUUAUUGAGAUGCAGGGAGGCCAGAUGUUCUAUUACAUCCAAGAAGUUACAGAUUACCUGACUCCACCUGUAGCUGCUCUCUUCUUGCUUGGAGUCCUGUGGCAUCGCUGCAAUGAGACGGGUGCCUUUUGGGGCGGGUUAGUAGGGUUUACCCUUGGUGCGUUGCGUCUGAUUUUGGCAUUAGUCUACCGUGAGCCUCACUGCGACCAGCCUGACGAGCGGCCAUCUUUCAUCAAAGAUGUUCAUUUCAUGUAUGUGGCUGCCAUCUUGUUUUGGGUGUCAGCUUUGGUGACUGCAGUUGUGAGUCUUUGCACUCCUCCACCCAGAAAAGAACAAAUCAGAAGCACUACUCUGUGGGGGUUAAACAAGAGAAAGAAACUAAAACAACAAGAAAAAGAGAAAACUGGAGAUGCUGACAAUGCUUUGAAGCCUCUGAACCAUGCAAUCCUAAAUGGAAACAGUUUGCUUUGUGAAAAAAAGUAUCAAGACCUCCCAAACAAAAUCAAUGGGGUUGAGGCCAAUCAUGAAAAUGCUAAACCAAGCAAUGGUAAUGCUGUCACAGCCAGUGACCUAGAAACACAACUUCCAAUCCACAAUGGUUGCACCUCACCAAUUUUUGAUCCUAAAAUGGUAGAAGAGGGAGAAGGGAGAGGAGUUAGGGAUGCAGAGGAGGAAGGCUGCCUUGGAGAAGGAGUGGAGGGUGGGAGGUGUAUGAAGGCUUUAAAGUGGUUCUGUGGCUUCCAAGAGAAACCACUUGAAGCUCAGGUCAUUAAAGUGCAGGAACAGGAGAAGAUUGUGGAUAAGCUUUUACAUGAACCUCCACAAGCCAGAAUCAUCCUGAACACAGGACUGGUGAUGAUUUGCUCUGUUGGGAUCUUCCUCUUUAUCUAUUUCUCCUUAUAGGCUUGUUUAAUUCCAAACUGUUGGACACUUUUGACCAUAAACUACAAGCAGGGGUGUUCUGCAGAUAAGCUAUCCUUGAGUUUUUCUCUGAAGGGUUGCUUAAAGAAGAGCAUGAUGAACAGGAAAAAUGUUCCUAAGAACAUUUUGUUCAUUGUCAAAUUGCAAAUUAUGUGCAAAUGGCCUCUUUUAAUAGGGUUGAAAGUAUUGUAGCAGUGUAUGACCAUACGAGUACAAAUCAAACCUUCAAGAACAUUUUUUUUGUCCCGCGUCUCAGGCUUCCUUCUGAAUAGUUAAUGAGGAUGCUUAGAUUAACAUAUCAUUUCACUGUCCAAUCAAGGAACCAGGGGGAUGGGCCUACUUUGCUGCAAGUCUGUGGCAGCAACCAAAUGACAGCUACAGUAGCUUGAAAACUAAUCAUACAUCAACACCAGAUCUCCGCAUUGUAUCUUGAAUAUGUUAAUCUGAGCAUCCCUACUGGCUAUUCAGAAAGUAUGAAACGCGGGACAUGAAUUCAAAAAUUAAAUCUGUAUUUUUUUCAGUUUUUUUUUUUUUUUUUUUUUUUUUUUACAUAUUCAAACAUUUGAAUUAGUUUGAUCAAAAUGAUUUACACAUUCACACAAUUGAUGGAAUAUAUAUAUAGUAAAUACUUUCACAUAUUCAGAUAUGGCCAUACACAGCUACAAUACUUUUGACCCUACUUUCUUCCAGAUCUGGAUACACAGUUCAUCAUUUUUCCGUUUCUUUUACCUGCAAAAUUGGAUGUAGAACCCCAAGCAGAUUUGAAAUAUGCUUAGAAUUAGGCUGCGAAACCAACUCUUGAAAAGAGGUUUUGGUUGUUUUUUUUAAAUAGUUUUUUGUUGUAUUUUAUGAAAUUUAUUUUUUACACUGUAUAUAAGGCGGUAGGUGUCAAGGGUUCAGUAUGCUUCAAACAAACUAGCUCGUCAACUCUUGAUAUUUGCACAAUGAUAGUGGAUAAAACCUUUUUCUUUGGAAAGAAACCUGACAACUUUAUGAAAUGACAAGCCAUCAAGCAUGGAAUAUCAGUUUGAAAGUUACUAAAAUUAAUGGAGGCAGCCGCCUCAAUUCACAUCAGAAAACCACUUUGAAGCAUUCUCACUCCUUUUAGGAGACACUUGUUUUGAAGAUAGUCUUUUAUUGCUGUAGAUAGUCUUUUUAUUAGUUUCACUGUGUCAUAAUCAAUCAAUCAAUCAACCAAUCAAUUUAUUUGUCACAUGACAUCAUACAAGGUACAGAUCCCAUGAAAUGUAAUCCCUGUCAGCUCCUUUAACUUGUGCAUUGCAAGUCCCUUUUUGCCUCCUUUACUGGUGUUCUUACAUUGUAUGCUGCUGCUUAAUAAUUUUCCAUGUUUCCAGACUGUAGCCAUAAAUCGUAGGCUGCAGUGUGUGUGUGUGUGUGUGUGUGUGUGUGUUGCAACAUACCAGAUGGUUAUGGUAAUCCAUGGUUUCUGGUGGUAAAAUUAUCUAACUGUUUAGGGUACAGGUUGCUUUUGUUGUAUUUCAAAUGAAAUCCACCACAGACUCAAUGAAUUCACUGAUACAUUGGUGACGUUAACAUUGUUGUCAUGGAAUAUGCACCAGACUGCAUCAUGUUAUGCAGACUGUAGGGUGGCCUCAAACUGGCUUGACAAUUUCUGGACCUUUUGCGCCACUAUGGCCUUGCUUUGUAGGUUGUUUACAUAUUUUGACCUCAGCAAGAGGGCAUUGUCAUUCUUACCAGAUACUGGCAGCAAUUCCACUUUGUAGACACCUCUGAAAGGUAUGUAGCAGUGAUUCAGAGUGUUUUUAUGGCUCUGCUCUGUUAAUUGUCAUGGCCGGAGGCAAUAUGUCUUUUAGGUUGUGCAUGCGUCCUUUUCUCACGAAUGCAAUAUCUCAAAAAAGCCAAUUUCUUCAAAUUUGGGACAAGUAUGAAAUGAUUAGUUUCAUAUGGUCAAAAGUCUAGGUUACUGUGACCUCAGCUGUCUCAUUCUCAGGAACGUGAUAUCUCAAGGAAAUCUUCGGGUAAUUUUUCCAAAUUUGGAACAAACGUUUGCUUGGAGUCAAGGGUGAGCUGAUUAGAAUGUGGUAGUCGAAGGUUAAGAUUACUGUGACCUUACGUCUGUCUCAUUUCUGAACAGUAUAUCUCAAGAUAGCCUUGUGGGAAUUUCCUCAAAUUUGGCAAAAAUGUCCGCUUGAGAUUAGAAUUUGGUGGUCCCAGGUCAAAGGUCAAGAUAACUGUGACCUCACAAAACAUGAUUUUGGCCAUGACUCAGUAAUUCAUAAGCCAAUUAUGACAAAAUUUCACACAAAUGUCUUAUAGGAUAAAAUUAUGAAAUGAUAUAUCCAAAAGGACAAAGGUCAACUUCACUGUGGCAUCAUCAUGUUCUGCAAAGACACUUGCCUGGCCAUUACUUAAUGUCAUAACUCAGGAACAGAAGGGGCGGCGUUUGGACGCAUACUUAAUUGGUGACACUAAUCUCGGGUGUCCAAUGUGGAACUGUGCAAAUAGUAUAGAUCUUCUGUGCUGCCGGGGGGGAAGAUGUGGCACAAGGUGAGCAGGAAAGGGACAGCAUUUCAAUAUUCCUAUUGUCACACUAAUCCUUAUUCAUCAGAAAGCACAUGCCUCCUCCUUUUUUUUUAAUGCCAGAGUGCUCUGUUCUCCCGGAUCAGAUAUUGGAAAAAGAGUCACCCGAUUGAAUGGCGCUGUCUGGUGUUACAGGAUUUAGCCAAGUUUUGGUGAAACAAAGGACAUUGCAGUUCCUGAUAUCCUGUCAGAAACGGAUGUAGGCCUGGAGGUUAUCCAGUUUCUUAUCCAAUGCCUGUAUAUUGGUUAGCAGGAUGUUAGGCAGAGAAGAUGUCUAAGGCUGCGACCCCAGGCGGUGUUUAUGUGGAUAUGUAGAUAUGGAUAUAGAGAUGGUCAUACUUGUUUGUGUGGUCAUAAUUGUAGCUUUUGCCCAUCUUCUCCACCUCUUUCCUCUGUGUUUACUCUGAUGUUUACAUGGUAAAACCUCAGUCAGGUAGCAGAGUCGACAGGAGGACCGUAGUGAGUUGACUUCCCCAUCCUGUAACCAUACGUCAUCACUGUUCAAUCCAGAUCACAAAAAGCACAAACAAUAUUUGUAAAAUACAUGUAAGAGCAUAAAAUUGCAUAAAUUUAGCGGAGCUGACGUAGAGGCGACUGGAAAGGUCCAUACCACUGACUGAAAUUAAGUCUUCCUCAUUCUAAACGGGACGAUCUGGAACCCUCUCAACAGUACAGAGGUCCACAAACUCCUGACUUCAGGAGAUGAGUGCCGAUGUUUGGUGGCAGUACGGCACCAAAAAUAGGCGUCAUGGUGAUGGUAGUUAUUUACAUUCAUCCAUGAAUUUGGAAAACUCCUGGGAAUACUUCAGCACCCCACCAUCUACCAUCUGCUGUGACUAAACAUGCACUUCAUCAACAUUAACAAUCAUCAUUCCAUUGCUUUGACUAGACAAUCCACUUGUUAGAAAUGCAGCUCAAGGCUGACUAGUAAGGGAUCCAUUCAGGUAGAAGUUACUCAGGGGCUUUGGUGUUGGUUUCUUCACAUAGUAUCGAUUAGUGGGGAAUGCACAAGAGUUUAUAAAGCAAUAUUGCCAAGUGCAACUUUUCUAUUUUUUGUACGUCAUCUGUUGAAUCUCCUUUUGCUGUGGUAUGUACACAUAAACUAGGUGCCUUACACCUAUAUAACACCACUGUGCAAAACAACACUGUGUCUGUAUAACACUUUGGGGUUUUUCAGGAGAAUGUACUGUUACUUGGCAGUCAUUUUUAAUACAUUGGAUUGUUAUUAUAACACAUGAACAUGAUACUGUAUGUGCUAGUCCUCAAAGUGUUGAAAAGUAACCAAUAUUUUUAAAGCUGUCUAAAGGGAUAUGUUGGGAAAAUAAGCAUUUAAUGAGAUCUUGUCUUUUUACUUUUCUGCACCUGUUAUAGAACUCAAGGGCUUCCUCCACUGAAAUGGUUAAAACGUUUUAUGAACGUAGUUGUCAAUGAUGGUGUUAUUGUGUUUAUUUGUAAGAACUGAUGUUAAGCCUGAUUUCAGAUGUGAAGGAGAGGACCACCUCUCCUGAAUCAAUUUGGUGAAUAUAAUUGCAAUAUUGUAAUUAUUUACCACUGAAUGAUGUUUAAAACCUAAUCUUUGCAAUAGAAAUUGAGUCCAAAUAACUUGAGUGGUGUCUCUUAAUGUGGCUAUUGUGUGAGUUUCCAUUAAAGUUUUACUGGCUGUAAAAUGCUCGUACAAGUUUA